CGCUAAGCCUUUGCAGAGGCCGCGCCGGGGGCCUGGGCUGCCAAUCGCAGCGCGAGGCACGCACGCGGGACCGCUGCGACGGCACGUCGCCCGGGGCAGCGCCGGGGCAGCCAUGGCCAGCCUCAGAGACCUCAAGGCUUAUGGCGAAUACGACGCCGAGGCCGCCGAAGAGCGGGAACGGGCCCGCACGGCGUCGCGCGAAUCUAAGAGAAGAGACGAGGCGGCGGCGAAGCGAGCAAGCUUCGAGCGCGAACAGCAGCGCCAGGAGGAGCUCAAGCAAAAGAAAUGGAGGGAGGACCACCCCGAGGAAGUUUUGGCGGAGGUUGUCGCGCAGCGCGUCGUCAGGAAGGCGGUCACGGACAUGGCCCACAAGACGAUGUGGAGCAUGAACCUUCUGUGUUGCCGCGUCGCGUCGCGGGGCUGCGACCUGCCCACACCGCGCGCGAAGCCCGAGGACUGGGACGACAAGGCUGAGGGUGCGGACUACGAGACGGGCCAGUCGCCCAAGAAACCGGAGGUCGACUGGAAUAGUGAAUUAUCACACUUCCAACGGUCACUGCAGUGGGACCGGAGCCGCAUGGGCGGCUCGGAGAAGGUCGAAGCUUAUUUACAACAUCGUAUCGAGCGGAGGAAGGCCGUGCCGAAUCCCAAGACUCGGUUAGAUGACGCGGUACACUUAUAUCUGGGCGCCAACACGUCGAAAACAAUAAGGGCCCUGCGGACGAAGUAUCGCAGUUAUAGACAUGGUAAAGAGGUCGAUAGAGGAUGUAAACCACAAACGAUGCCCGAGGCCAUCGCCAAGUGGCGCAAGCAGGAAGUAAGAAGGGAGAAAAAAAAUGGUGAAUGGAAGAAACCGGAAUGGUCCCUCGACGCUAAGUCUGUGGCUCCUCUACCGACGUAUGACUCAGCUGAUGAUAAGCAUAACGCUUAUUUACUCGGAGCUUGCUACGCGGCCUCGCCCUACCAGGCCGCAAGGGACGCCACGCGGAGUGGGUAUCGCGACGACCUCGUGCGAGUGCCUCGAGUGCAACACUUACCGCAGCACCCCGUAUCAUCUCAUUUCUACAGUGGCGGCACGGUCUUACCCUCGACGGGUACUUUGUGCAAAACGGAGCCCGGCCAGUGCGCCCCGGCGAAAGCCGCCGGCGCGGCGUGGCGGCGCGACCGCGCCUACGGCUGCUCCGUGAGCGACGCCGUCGGCAGCCACGUGACGCCUUAUACUCUACACUCCUCAAAAUCACACUUCUCGUCGGACGCGAAGCACCCCGUCGACGGCUCGCUGGGCCCCGAGGAAGGGUCCCUUCAUUUCAAAGCCGUCCCCGCGUCGACGUGGUUCCGCCUGCCCUCCGAGGCGUGCCGCGCGUUCCACGGGGAUGGGGUCUUCGAGUUGGUCAGCGCGAACGCGACGCACAACACGCGGCGCGACCUGAAGUUCGAAGCGCGGCCCGUGCCGCGGAAGGACGUGACGAAGCGGCGGUAUUUUGGGUAUAGGUGAGGUUUUAUUAGUGUCUUCUUGU